CAGGUCGGCAGUAGUUGCAACACUAUCCAGUACGACCCAUCGACAAGGGAAGCACUGGAUCUACUAGUACAUGUUUCCUAGCAGCCCCAUUGCGUAACGGCCGGCAUACUCGCCGUGCAACGGACUCCUCCCAUCUAGGAACUGGAUGGGUCAUGCGGGAAAGGAGGGGGGAGUAUUAGCCGCGUCGGUUCUUGCCAAGAACGGCCCACUGGACCGAACGUGACUCUUGUGUCGAUUGUGCCCACUGGACCUGACCAAACCGAACGGCACGCGACGCGCGAAGAGCGAGGGUCAGCCGAAGUCACGUCGCGCACGGUGCCGCGAAAAGCCGAAAUAUUUACUAGGGCUAGCCUCUAGCCUAAGAGUGUACUAGAACGAAAGGGAGCUAGGACAGAGAGUCAAGGAAAGGCGAUGGAAAUAGAAUCGGAUAGAUCGAGAGCGGUGAGGUUUCUUAGGUACGGAGCGGGAGAGAGGGAAGGCGCUGGUGGCGGGAUUCGAAAAGGGAAUUCGAGAGAAGAUGCUUUUCUAGGGAAGGGAUUUCCCGUUCUUCUGCGCUCCUUGUCCCUCCAGUCCAACUAUGAUUUCCGCGCUCGCAAGCGGCGCGGCAGCAGAAACCCGUUACAGUCCGCCUCGGCACAGGAUACAGAUGUAGCUCCAGGCGGUGUAGAUAUCCGCGGGCGUGUAAGAAGCCCUAUCGCGGAACGCCUGGCCGCGGAAGGAGAAGGAGAAGGAGGAGGAGGGGGAGAAGGAGGAGGAGGGGGGGAAAGGGGAGGUGGUAGGGACAGCACUGGCGACUAUACGACGGCGGCCAGUGUAUCAAACAGCUACUCGGCACAGGCCCCCGGGCCCACUCGCACGCUGAGGCACUCCUCUGCUUCCGCGUCUUCUGCCGUACUCGAAGCAGUGCCGUUCCCACCAGCCCCUUCCUUUGCUGAUGCUGCUGCCGCCUCCGCUGCGUUUUCUCCAGCCUCCAAGGUUUCACGGCCCCCCGCUACCUCGUCGUCCUCCUCUUCCUUCUCUCCCCUUGCCUCGGGCCGGGCCUUGCUCCGAACCACCUCUGCCGAGCCUGCCGUUCUGGCAUGGAGCCACGGCUUGCUGUCCGCUGCUAUGUCCGGCAACAGCCGAGGACAGUAUGGUGGCUCACAGAGGCGUGCAGCACAGCCGAAGCAAGCCCAGCAGGUGUAUCUGGAGCAGGUGAACCCGGAGCAGGUGAGUUUGAGGCAGGUAGAUUUGGAGCAGGUUAUUGUGCAGCAACAGCAGGGGCAGAAGCAGCAGCAGCAGCCGCAGCAGAAUCUACAGCCAAAGCAGAAGAAGACCCGUCGACGGUUUCAAUACCACGACCUACCACACCCGAGGUCGGUAGACAGUGGUACGUACGCUGAUGGGGGAGAGGGGAAGGGGUGGGGAGGAGGGAAGGGAGGGGGUGAAGGGAGAGGAGGUAGAGGAGGAGGAGAAGCUGACGUGGAGGGGGCGAGCACGCCUGAAGGGAAACGAGCAGAGGGGGAAAGGGGGGGAGAAGGGGGAGGAGCAGGGGAAGGAGGAGGUGGAGGAGGCGGAGGAGGCGGAGGAGGCGGAGGAGGGGAGGAGAGGAGGCAGGUGCGGAAGGGCAGGCAUCGGAAGACGUUGAGUCUUGACGGGAGGGUGCUUGUGGGCGUUCUUAUUGAAGGGCUGGGCCUUUCUAAACGAGCUGCUACUGCUUCCCCCGGUACUGCUCCCCACACUCCCAGUGCUGCCGCCGCCGCCGCCGCUGUGGUUGCUGCUGGUGGGAAAGGAGAAGGAGGAGAAGUAGCGGCACAGGGAGCAGAAGGUUCUGUUCCUGGGGUGCGUGGGAGCGCGCUUGCGCUGAAUAAGGACUGGCAAGGAGAGCCAUGCGAACCGGAUGCUUCCCCAAGGGAAGCCGGAGCAUGCACCACUGCCAUUGACUCGCCUAGAGCAGCUUGGCCUCUCCCUGGAGUGCUGUUGCUGCUUGCGGCCGCUAGUGCUAGGGGAAGUGAGCAGAGCAGUAAUACGGAAGGCGGCAGGCAGGGAGUGAGGAGUGGUGAUGAGAGGGGAGGUGCUGGUAGGGGCAGUGGUGGAGGGAGAGAAGGUGUUUAUGAUGACUCUGGUGAUGAUGACGGUUCUAGGCAUCGGCAACAACUGCAGGAGCAGCAGGGGCAGAAGGAGCAGCAGGAGCAGCAGGAGGAGGCAUUAACACUCGUGAUACAGGAAAGAGAAAUACUUCGUGGUAGUGAUGGUGUCGACUAUGGUGGUGCUGAUAAUGGUCGAGGAGGGGGAGGGGGAGGGGGAGGAGGAGGAGGGGGAGCGGGAGGGGAGAGAGGAGGAAGGGUGGGAGGGAGGCACUGCAGAACGCGCAGUCUGGACGGUCCAACAAGCCCCUGGUCACUGGGAGGUUCAACGAACUCCUGGUCCCUUGGAGGGCUAGGCAAGUUCCGAAGCAGGGAAGGCAGCCGUGGGGUGGACGCAAUCCCGGUGACUGCAGCUGCAGCUGCAGCAGCAGCGUCUCACCGGCUCAUCCAAACGGGCAGCGGGCGACAGGGGUGUGCAGCAGCGUCAACCCCAGCAGCUCCUGCAGCAGCAGCAGCAGCAGCAGCAGCAGGAGUGCUGCUGUCAGAAGGGGCAGCAGAGGGAGCGGGGAGGAAGGGCAAGGGCGUGUUUAGGAAGCGGGCGGGGCUCAAGAUGGUAAUUUCCGUGGAUAGUUUUGGUACCAGUGGCGGUGCUGCCGGUUAUGGUGCUGCCGGUGCUGGUGGUGCUGGUGGUGGUGGUGCUGGUGGUGGUGAUGGUGGUGGUGGUAGUGAGAUGGUUGCUGUGACGGAAGGCAUGCAGCUGCUCAGUGCUUCUCCUGGAGUCAGUUUCUUCGGAGGAGGGGUAAGAGGAGGCCGAGUGGGGGGAGGAGGUGGAGGGGGGGGAGGGGGAGACGGGAGUGGGAGGAGAGGUGCACUGGCGGCAGGGCUGCAGGCGUUGAUCAGUCCCCGUGUUGGAUCUGUCAGCCGGUCCUUCUUCUCCUCCUCCCCCUCCCCCUCCCCCACCACCCCUCCUGUCCUGGCCCACACUCAACAGGGGACGGCGAGGGCUCAGGGGAAGGCUGGUACUCCUGCUGUUUCUCCUGGUGUUGCUGCUGCUGCUGCUUCGCCUGCUGUGGCGGCGGCUGCCUUUUCUUCCGCUUCUUCUGCCGCUGUUGCUGCGUCCUGCUUCGCAUGCAGCGGCAAUGACAACGAGAGCGAGAGGGAUGCUGGCAAUACCAGGGAGGGCGCGGACACGAGAGUGGACGAGGAGCGGGAGGGAGCGGCGAGCAGGGGAACGGGCAACAUACAGACAGCACUGCAGCACCGCACCAAUGCACCCGUGGACACUCGGCUUGCGGAUAAAUGGGAGAUUCUAGAGACACCCGUUAGUAGGCCAGGUGCCUUGGCAGCUGGCAUGGCAGCUGGCUUGGCAGGUGAUGUAGCAGCUGACGCGGACCAGCUUGCGGCGAAUGGUGCAAUCCCCUUCAAGCCUUGUAUUUAUGACGGGGAAGCUACUUGUGGUGGUGCAGAGCCACCAACAACACAGUCGCUUGCAGUACAGGCCAUAGGAGAGCAAAGAUGGAGGGCGAAACCUCCAGGCAUUUCCCUCUCUUUGAGUUCUUCCUCCCCUCUUCAAACUUCCCUUUCUUCCCUCCCUCCUCCUGCUGAUGCUAGUCUCCUAGCUGCUUCUCCCCGUCUGGUCCUCCCCCGUGAGGCUUUACAGCCCCACAGUGAAGCAACAGCCAGCAAUGAGCUUCAGCAGCAGCAGCAGCAACAGCAGCAAGUGCAGCUCGCGCAAGAGCCCCGAGGUAACCACCAUACCCAGGCCACGCCUCACCCCUUCCAUCACCACCCCCAGCAGCACCACCCCCAUCAACAAGUAGGGCCCCAGCUGCUGAACCCUCUGCAGAAAGACAAGGAGAGGAGUGGGAAGCAGAGGGAGGGCCGGCAUCACAAGACACUGAGCCUGGACAGCCGAGUGCUGAGCGUUGCUGGGUGGAUGGGCAAGGGCAUGGCCAGAGGAAGGGGGGGGGUUCCUGCUGCUGCUGAGGAGUCUGGGCCUGGUAUGGAUGCAGGGGAUAGUGGUGCGCUACGAGCAACGACGGUGAGAGAAGGAGAAGUGCUGGCAGGAGAAGGAGCAGCAUUGGCAGGAGCAGCAGCAGCAACAGGAGGAGGAGCAGGAGCAGGAGGGAAAGGAGUAGCAGCAGCAGCAGCAGUGAAAGGAGCAUCAGGGGAGGAGAGCAGAAGUGGAGGAGGAGAGGGGGAGGGGAGAGAGGGACAGCCGUCCCUAGGACCAGCCCCUCCACAGGGAGGGGGAGCGCAAGGGGGGCGGAGGCACAAGGGCCCUUCCGUAUUAAGUCUUGGUAUAGCAGCCGGAUUUCACGCGCUGGUGAGCCCAAGGGACUCCAACAGGCAGGCAGGUGCGGGUGCUAUGGCGUGGAAAGGGCGGGCGUGGGGUGUGGUGGAGAAGGGCGAGGCUCUUCUUCGCUCGCGGUCGUUGACGACCGAGGGGUUCAGAACUCUGGAUGAGGACGCGGCAGAUGAGGAAGAGGAGGACGAGGAGGAGGUUCGCUUGCAAGAGGUGCACGAGGGGCAAGAGAAGUAUGGGGUGAGGGACGUCAGAGAGCAAGAGAGAGCCAGUUGGCGGAGGCUGGUUCCUGGAGGUGCAGGAAUCGCUGCUGGCGCGUCAGGUGGUGAUCAAGAGAGCAGUUUCAGAGGCAGCGUGAGUGGCCGAAUGGGUGCCAGCCAUCGAUCCAGCACCAGCACCAGCACCAGCGCCAGCGCCAGUGGCAGAAGUGGCGGGGGGAUCAGCUUUGGCAGCAGCAGCAGUGGGCGCAUAGAGGGGAAAGUGAAGGCGGUUUUGGCUCGGUAUUUCAACCGAGGGACCAUGAAUAUGGCUAUGAGUAUGACUCGCACUGCCACUGGUAGCAGACUGUCACGUAUCGUCACUGCUGGUGGGGAUCGGGAGAGGAGACGGGCUGGUUAUGCUGGGAGGGCAGCAGCAGGGGCGGCAGCAGGGGCAGCAGGUGGAGGCGGGACGGGUGCAGGAGGAGGGGGAGAAGGAGGAGGACGAAAAGGAGGUGAGGAAGGAUGGAGUUAUGGGAGCGAGGGGGGAAACCCUGUGGAGGAUUUGCCAUGGGUGGGGUCCAACUCGGAUGUGCCUCUGCUGCCCACUGCUGCUUCUCUUGACGCCGUGCUGCUCUCCCCGCAGUAUGCUGUGGUAGGGGAGUCGAGCAUGGAGACGAGGGACCUGCUUGUGAGCCUGGUGAGGGGCAAGAGGGACAAGAGCAUCACCUCCGCUGCUGUGGCUGCAGCGCUGGCAUCAGUAGCGUCUCCUGGCGUGCGCGACAGUGCUGCUGCUGUAGGCGUUCCUGGUGCUGCUGGUGCUGGCGGUGCUGCUUGUUCCGUGAUGGGCCUGGAGUACCAAGGCUAUGACAUGGGCGAUGGGGACUUCAACGAAGAAGACAGAGAUGGGGAUGGCGUGCCGCUCUGCUUCUCCUCGCCACUGCCCUUUGCGCCAGGCAGCCACUGGGCCCUGCUCUUGCGCCAAAGCCUCGAGUGCGAGGAAACCCGCAGCGGCAACUUUGAACUGCACCGGCCCAAGCGAUUAGCAGAGGCAAGCGCCGAGGUCUUGGGGGGAGACGGGGAGGGAAUCGGAGUGGGGGAGGAGGGUGGGGAUGGGGGGGCGGGGAGGGAAGGGCAGGCGCCAGGGUUUCAAGACAUGCUGGUUCUGAAUGAUGUGGGCAGGAGCAGCGAUGCCACGCCAGUCAUGUCUACUUCUUCGUCGCUGGUUGUUGGGGCGGUGGAAGGCGGGGAGUGUGCGGGGGGUGGGGGAGGUGUUGAGGGUGGGGAGCAUGGGGAGGGUGUGGGGAGUGUCGAAGGGACUCCUUGGCAUGGGCUUGGGGGCGCAGCAGCAGAAGGAAUGUUGUCAGUUGAGGAGGAGGUGGGUGCAGAGGCAGUUAUGCCAGCAGGACUUGCAGCAGCCGGGAGUAUGGCAUUGGGGGUAGAGGGUGAUGGGCUAGUUGCUGGAACAGUGGAGGGUUCGGCAAUUGCUGACUCUGCCAUGGGUUUGGUAACUGGGGAGGGUGUGGAGUGGAAUUGUGGGGCGUCUAGUGUGCUGUGUGCCAUGGGAAGCAUGUCGGAGCCAGAUGCUGCUCUGCACGAACUGGAGCUCAUGCACGACAUGGGGCAUGACAUGCCACAUGAUGUGGUGGAUGGCAUAGCAUAUGAUGUGGUGGAUGGCAUGGCACACGCCAAGGCCAAUGCUUCAAGGAACCAUGACCUCACCACUACUGACAACGGCGACGGCCACAACCCAGCCGCCGCUACUCGGUAGUACACCAUGCGAUGAGGGAAGGUGUCACAUGACAUGGCAUGCCUGGCUUCCACUUGUACUGCUGCCGUAUGUGGAGGGAAGGUGACACAUGACAUGCCGUAAUUCUCUGGAUAUAAGCACAUAUGCGCUUCAGAAAUCGUAAGUGCUUGUAAUCGAAUCAAGAACGACAAGCAUGCAUGUUAUGAGGAGAAAAGUUGAUUAGAGGAAGGUGGGGAACAAAGGCAUGCACCCUAUAUGAACUGCCUCUAGCUACAGUAUUAUAAUAUAUUUCUAAUACAUAC